AUGAAAUUUAAUAAAAAUCUUUUAGUUAAUAUUAAAAAAUUGGAGGAAGAAGAAUUGAAAAAGCAAGAGAAAGUUUAUAAAUAUCAAAAUGAUGUAAGAAGUAAUUGGGAAUUCGGGGAAAAUCAUGAAUAUGAUAGUGAUGACGAAUGGUUUAUAUCUAGUAAGAAAGAUUUGGUUGAAGAAUGGAUUUGUCAAGUAUGUGAAGUGCCAUUAGAAGAAGGACAAGAAGAAUAUUGCAAACAAUGUUAUGAGAUUAGGGAACAAAAAGAAUAUGCAAGAAUAACGGGAAGAGAUAUUGAUUGUUGUGAAAUAUGUAAUAAAUUUACAUAUUUAGAAGAAGUAAAUCAUGUGUAUAGAGGACAGAAUACGCCAUGUGUUACAGAAAGAGCAAUUAAAGAAUUCUAUUGCCAUAAAGGGGGUUAUAUGAAUGAUCAUCAUAAUCAUAAGAUAUGUAUGAUUGAUUCGAAAGAAAGAAAGAGUUGUUAUAGUAAAGUAAGAAGUUAUGAAAAGAAAUCGAAGUUAAAAUAUUUAAAUGAAAAUAUUAGAAAACAAGAGAAUUUAGAAGUAAUGUAUAAUAAGGUUAAUGGACCUAAGUAUUUACAGCAUGAAUAUUGGUAUAAGAAAUGGAUAGAAAAUAUCAGUGGAGGAGAAGAAUAUUUUGAUAGUAAUAUAUAUCAAAAGAAUUUAAAUAUGUUAUACGGAAAAAAUGAAAUGUUGACAAGAAAUUUAGGAUUGGUAAAGAUUUCGAAAAGAAAUAAUUGUGGGAGAAUUUCUAAGAAUAGGAAGUAUCAUUGUGAAUCAUGUUAUGAUAUUUUAAGAUAUGAAAAUAUAGAAUUAACAGUAUUACCGAAUUAUAAUAAGAAAUGGAUUUGGAUUUUAUGUAAGGGAUGUCAUCAUGAAGCAAUAGAAAAGAAUUUUAGUUGUGAAAUUAGUGUAGAAAAUAAUGAAUUAGCAAGAUCACAUUUUACUAUAAGUAAUAAAUUAUUAAAGGAUUAUUUGAUUAUUAUUAUGAAACGAAAAAAUUCAAGUGAAAUUUUUGAAAAUCCUAAAAAUAUUGAGAAUAAAUAG